GUUUGUUUACAUGGAGUAUGAUGAGAUGUGCGGUACAAAAUUGUUGGUUAUGUAAAAAUAUUUAAUUUGUUUUUACUUAUUCUCUUCAAAUCCUAAAAAAUUAAGUUAUAUAAUGAGUUCAAUGCCUGUUUCUUCCUCUACAUUACUACCAUUAGAGUUGGUUGAUAAAUGCAUAGGAUCCAGAAUUCAUAUAAUUAUGAAAAAUGAUAAAGAAAUUGUCGGUACACUCCUAGGAUUUGACGAUUUUGUAAAUAUGUUGCUGGAAGAUGUGACUGAAUAUGAAUCUACCCCUGAAGGCAGACGAAUAACAAAACUGGACCAAAUACUUUUAAAUGGGAAUAACAUUACAAUGUUAGUACCUGGGGGUGAAAUGCCUGAAUAGAACUAGAUAUUAAAUAAGUGUAUUUAAAUUAAUCGAUAAGGUCAAACUAUUAUUUUGUACUUCACAUUAAUAACUUAAAUGCCAUGAAUAAAAGUUUUCAUUUGUU